AUGUUAAAAUUAAAUAGAUUAUUUAAUUCUUAUUUUUGUAGACAAUCUAAUAGAAGAGCUUUAACUUUUUGUUUUGUUAAAUUAUCUAGUUAUAAUAGAAAUUCGUCUGCUUUUGAGAUAAUUGAAUCUAGUAAUAAAUUUGUAGAUCAUCAAGCAAAUUUUGAUAUAAAAAAUAAAGGGGAAGCUGAUUUGUUUCAAGAAGAAUUACAGCUUGGAGAAAACAAUAUUAUUCAAAUUUCAUUAAUACAAGGGAAAUCUGGCAAAAGAACAAUUAGUUUUGCAAGAAUGUUUAAAACAGAAAAUUCUGAGUGGAAAUAUUUACGUUUACCUAAUUUAUUGAUGCCAACAGAUGCUUAUAAAUUUGUUAGAGCUUUGGAUAGAAUUAUUAUUGCCUGUAAUGGGGAAAAGGUUUUUGAUGAAUUUAAUUUAAACAAAAAAUUAGCGUUUGAAGAAAUAAUUACUGAUUUUUAUGAUAUUUCUCUUAUUUUAUUUCGAAAUGAGAAAGGCCAACUUGGAUUUAAAUUAAUUAAAAAAUUAAAGUCAGAAAAUAAAAUAAAUUCAAUUUUUAUUCCAAUUAAUUCUUUACUUUGGAUUCGAAAAAUAUUUGUUAAAAUACUUGAAGAAUUUGAUGGAAGUGAAAAAUUAAAAGAAUUAAGUGUUGAUUUAAAGAACUUUGAAUCUAAUGAAUUUAUAGAACAAAUAGAUGUUGUAAAUCCAAAAGGAGGGAUAACUUUGGCUUCAGAUGAAUUGAAACUUGGGGAAAAUAAUAAAAUAAAAAUUGAAUUAAGAGAAGGGGUGUCGGGCAACAGAACUAUUCAAAUAAUGAAUAUUUAUAGAUUACAAGAUGAUGUUAACAAUAAAUGGAGAUAUUUAUAUUUACCUAAAUUGUUAUUGCCAGAUGCUUUUAAUUUUGUUAAAGCUUUAGAUAAAAUUAUUAUUGCUUGUGAUGGGGAACGGGUUUUUGAUCUUUCAAAUACAAACAAAAAAUUAGCUUUUGAAGAAAUAAAUGCAAAUAUUUAUGAUAUUUCAUUAAAUUUAUUUCGAAAUGAAAGAGGAUUUCUUGUAUUUCAAAUUCUACAAAGAAAGAAGACAGAAAAUGGAAAACCUCUUAAAAAAGAACGUUUAACUUCACAAUCUUUACAAAUUAAUUCUUUACUUUGGAUUAGAGAAAUAAUUGCUAAAAUGAUUGAAGAAUUUGAUGGAAGCAAAACUUUAUUAAAAUUACCAGUCAUUAAAUUCCCUUUUAUUGUUUAUCAAGAAAGUUGUUUUGAUUAA